AUGUUUGUCACGUGCGAAUUCUCCCUCCAUCGUCAUAAGAUUUACGGUUUACGGGAGACGGGAGUUUGUUCUGAAAGGGCUGAAAUCGGAGCUCCGCGAAAACGAGGGAAAAAAAUGGGCAGUAGAACAAAUUUCUACAAGAAUCCUUCCAUCUCCUACAAGAAGGACUUGAAUCUCUCCUCCGCUCUUCAAAACCUAAGAGCAUAUAAUAUUGCUAUUGGCAAUGCUCCUCCGACCGGUGAUCAACCAUCUCCUGUCGCGAAGAAGAAUGAGAACCGGAAACGCCUCCGCCGGGAGCCAGAAUUAUCAGGUAAUCCGAAAUAUGACGUUGGAAGCAGUGACGGGCCUAUGUCUCAUCAAGAUUAUAUUGAAAAGAGAAGGAAAGAAGCUAAUAGACCUCAACCUUAUGAGACGCUUACGGAAGAUGUUUUGGGAACUUCCAGCUUCGGCUUGAACUUGGUAGGAUAUGAAAGUGAUGAGAGCACAUCUUCGGAAACUGCAGUAAAGCCAGAUCAUCAAAAUUCCAGUCUCUUGAAUGAGUUUGAGGAAGUUGAGGGAAAAACUGAGCAACGUUUUGCCAUUGCGGGAGAACCUGUUUGUGUAGUAUGUGGUAGAUAUGGAGAAUACAUAUGCAAUGAAACCAAUGAUGACAUCUGCAGCAUGGAGUGCAAAUUUAAGCUUUUGGAAAUUCUUAAAAGGAGUGAGGAGUCCUCAAAUUGUGAAAUGAAAGAUGUUGCAUUACCAGAAACCAAGUAUAUCCUUCCAUCCCCAGAGUUUGGGGAGGACACCUGGGAUUAUAAGAACCAUCGCUGGUCCAAAACAAAAUCCAAUCUUUGUACUUAUGAAUGCUGGAAAUGUCAAAAGCCGGGGCACCUUGCUGGAGAUUGUUUGGUGAGAACCAGUAACCAGGUAAUGCAACAAAAGACUUUCAAUACUGUACCUAACGAUCUCAUUGGACUAUAUAAAAGAUGUUACCAGAUAGGAAAGAAUUUGUCAAAUGCACUGUGCAACGAAUGCAGCUGUUCGUUUAGUUUGGCGACAUGCCUUGAUUGUAGUACUGUUUACUGUGACAAUGCAGGUCAUUUAAACGAGCAUAUCCGCAGACACCCAACUCAUGGACUAUAUUACUCGCAUAAACUCAAACGUCUUGUAAAAUGCUGCAAAUCAACAUGCAGGGUGACCGACAUCAAGGAUCUUCUGGUGUGCCAUUACUGUUUUGAUAAAGCUUUUGACAAGUUCUAUGAUAUGUAUACUGCAUCUUGGAACGGAGCUGGACUUUCAAUCAUAUCGGGUUCCAUAUGCUGCGAAGAUCACUUUGCGUG